UACACGCAUUUUUUGUUUGUUUCCCCAAUUUUACCUUAUUAAAAGUCUACUGCAUGUCGAUGCACAAUGGCAAAUCACGAAAUCAGUUUAAAAUGGAAUGGUUAUCAGAGUAACAUUUUAACUAACGUCAAAGAGUUAUUUAAGGACGAAAAUUUAUCGGAUGUAACACUUGUGUCUGAGGGCCAUAGUUUUAAGGCACACAAAGUUAUUCUUUCGGCGAAUAGUACUGUUUUUAGAAGUAUCUUCCAGCAAAACCCCCACAAAGAUCCAAUUAUAGUGCUACAUGAUAUCAAUACGGAUUCCUUACGAACACUUUUAAGAUUUAUGUACAACGGUGAGGUUAAUGUGACUGAGGAGUUUCUGCCUAUUCUAUUGAAGACUGCCGAAGCUCUAAGAAUAUGUGGUUUGUCCACUGGUAACGAUGCAGGCCGUGACGAUGAGAAAACGGCUACAUCCACUCAAACUGUACCUAAAAAGCGGAAGAAGAGUGAACAGGAAGAUAAUAAUAGUAACAAAAGUCAAAAGAAACCCACUUUAUUAAAACUUGACACAGUGGUUGCCAUUACCAAUUCUGAUACAUCAAAAAACUCUAAUAUUGUACCCAAAGUUGAACCAGUAGGCUCACCACUAACAGAUUAUUCAGGGGAUAACACAAAUGAUACCGAUUUAGCAGUACUUGACGAUAGUUCAGAAAAAAAAUAUACUAUAAGCCCUGAGAGUCCUUCUUAUACAAAAAAAACUGUAUGUACAACUGUGUCUUCUGACCGUAAUGUAAAAAAGUGCAUAAAUGAAGUGAGCAGUACACAACCAUGUUUAAAUGUUGUCUGUGAGAAAAAUAUGGAUCAAGAAGAUGAAAAAGAAAUAGAGAUUGAUAAAGAAGUAGAAACCGUGUUACAGAGUGGGACGAUUGUAGAGUCCUUGAGUAUAACAACUGAGAAUUUAAAUUUCGUUUCUAAUGAGGCCCAAGUUGUCAAAGACAAAACCAGUACAUGCUAUGCAAAUCCAUCGUUCCCAUGCCCUUUCUGCCCCCGAGUGUACAACAGUUGGGGAUAUCGGAGAAGACAUGUCAAAUCUAGGCAUAUGACUAACAGAUUGUCCUGUAAAUGGUGCGUCUCUAUUCUCCCUUCGACGGGAGCGUGGUACUCCCACGCCACUCGCGCCCACGGCGUGCCACACGAAGAGGCUCGCAAUUCCCUGGUGGUGAUGGUCGAAGCGCACGCGGUCCUUACUUUGAAUGAGCCCAGCGUUGCCCAGCUGUUGGGCCAAGUUGGGAUAUCGUCGGAUAGCAGUGCUGCCGAGAAAACCAAUAAUUAGGGUAUGUUUUUUUUAAAACAUUAUCGAGUGUUGCCAGUCGUAAGGCGUGUGUUAUGUGAGCAUAAGAUUUUCAUGCUUGAUUGCAAGCAUGAAAAUCUUAUCCACAUUUCCAGAGUCCGCUAACCUGCAUUGAAGCAGCAUUGUGGGUCUUCACUUUUAAGACAUUAAUAAGGAUAAUGGUGGAAAGAAAACCUGCGGGGAAGUCUCUUUAUAAUUUUCGAAUUCCAUAGAAAAAAAAACAGUAUUAAACAUUUAUAUUAUGCCUAUUACACCUUUUGGGACCUUCCAACAUUAAAUAUUUACUCUUGAUUUGAAGGUACCCAGAUUAUCAGUG